AGGAGAGAACAGGAGGAAGGAGAGAGUGAGAGAGAGAGAGAGAGAGAGAAGCAGGAGACAGAACAAUCGAUUACUGUGAAACAGAGGAGAGAGGCAUCGGGAGAGGAAAGGUGGUCGCGCUGUUUUUCCAACUCGCUUUGGUUCGGAAAGAGAUUUUGUUUGACUUGUAUGAAGCACGAGAGUCUUCUGGAAAAGCAGCUGAUUCACGUCUUCCCCUUGGCAAGAGAGGACGGCUAAUUGAGGGGACAUUUUUAACACGUCAAAACCUUUCUACUGAAGAGCUGCCAAAGCAUUUUCAAGUAACAUCCAGGACUUUGGACAGAGGACUGCUUUUGAAUGGAACGAGAAGUUCAAUGUUGACAGGAUAAUUUCUCUCCGAUCUGACCGAUAAUGCUGGACACCAACCACUGCCUGUCCUUCGAGCCCUCCCCCCUGGGCUCUCCUCCAAUAGGAGAAGACAUGGAGAAGCCAGGCCUGAGGACGGAUCACGACAAGCACAUCUAUCACAGCCUGAAAGAAGUCCUCCAGCUCAAACUCCAGCAGAGACGAACCCGAGAGGAACUGGUCAGCCAAGGGAUCAUGCCACCACUGAAGAGCCCGGCGGCCUUUCACGAACAGAGGAAGAGUCUGGAGAGAGCCAGGACUGAGGACUAUCUGAAGAGGAAGAUCCGGAGUCGUCCAGAGCGCUCGGAGCUGGUCAGGAUGCACAUCCUGGAGGAGACGUCGGCAGAGCCAUCCCUGCAGGCCAAGCAGCUGCAGCUGAAGCGAGCCCGGCUGGCCGACGACCUCAACGACAAAAUCUCCCACCGACCGGGUCCCAUCGAGCUGGUGCACAAAAACAUCCUGCCUUUCAGCUGCUCCCUGCAGCACUCACUGUUGGAUUCUCCAAAGGGAGCCGGAGGAGAGAGCUCCUCAUUGGACGAAGACAGCAGUGAUGCGCUGUCACCGGACCAGCUGACCAAUCACGACUCUCCGCUGGGUGCCGCUCCUCAGCUGUCUCCCUCUGACAUGCUCACCCAGAACGGGAGCAUUUCCCCCACACAGUUCCUCACCCAGCCGCCUCCUCCACCUCCACCCCCUCCUCCCUCCCAGAUGAACAGUUCAGACUCCCCCCCGCCUCAGAAACUGACCAAUGGGAUGGCGACUGGAGCGAACUCCCGCCCGGCCACAGGACAGGCUAAGCAGUCUCAGGCCAAGGCGAGCUCAGAGCGUCCGCCCCAGAGGCCCAAGAAGCCCAAGGACAACAAACCCAAGGUGAAGAAGCUGAAGUACCACCAGUACAUCCCCCCAGACCAGAAGGCAGACAAGGAGCCUCCUCCACAGCUGGACUCCUCAUAUGCGAAGAUCCUCCAGCAGCAGCAGCUCUUCCUGCAGCUGCAGAUCCUGAGCCAGCAGCAGCAGCACUACAACUACCACACCAUCCUGCCUGCACCUCCCAAACCGCCGGCUGAGCAGCCCCCCUCAACCAACCCUGGCCCCUCCCCGUCCCGCAGCAUUCCCACGACAACCACCUCGGCCCCCACCAAUCAGAGCGCCACAAGCCGUCAGAGCCAAACCGCAGUGGGAGGAGCCAAGCCAGCCUCUCUGCCAGCCAAUCUGGAUGAGUUUAAAGUUGCUGAGUUGAAACAGGAACUGAAAUUGCGCGGUCUGACCGUCUCAGGCACUAAGAAUGACCUUAUCGAGAGGCUUCGCAACUACCAGGAACAAAAUGGCGUCACCUCGGCAGUUUCUAAGAAUGGCAUAUCACACGCUGCAACCCCGGCCACCAACAGCAACACAUCAGCUCCGACCGCGAACGCCACUCCGAAUCACCAGACAGGAGAGAGCGGAGCCAAGGUGACGUCGUUGUCAUUGGCUCAAGCUGCGGCUCCCGGGCGGGUCAUGCGUUUUGGCAGCACCAGCUCCAGCCCCCCGGUGUCACCGACUCCGUCUGAGCGCUCAUUGGCCGGGAUGAGUCCUGAUGAGACCAGCUGUAAUGGAGACAUGUUUGGAGAGAUGGUGAGCUCCCCCCUGACCCAGCUCACCCUCCACCCCUCUCCCCAGCACCCGUCCAAUGUAGCUCCACUCCCCCAAGUCAAAGAGGAGAACCAGGGGCAGCUACAGAACUCGUGCAGCCUCUCCAGGUCUUCACCCUCCUCAAUCCAGUGUCUGGAGCCUCAGAGCGGUGUGGCCAUGGACACCUCUUCCCUGGACAAGGACCAGAUGCUCCAGGAGAAGGACAAGCAGAUUGAGGAGUUAACCAGGAUGCUGAGGCAGAAGCAGAGGCUGGUGGAGACCCUCAGGUCCCAGCUGGAGCAGGGGAAGAUGGUAGGGGGAGUGGUGGUGGAGAAGGAAGGUGGCGAGAGGAGCAGAACAGCAGCCCCGGAGACCAAACCUCAGACUCUGAUCAAGGCUUCGGCCAUCCAGCCCCCCACGCUGCCUAACGGGAUGCUGGUGAAGGUGAAGAAGGAGAUGGAGCCUGAGGAGGGAAUGGAGGGAGUGACAGAGGAGGCCCAGACAAAGAAACCAGCUCAGCCGAUGCAGUGCUCUCAGGAGACGCUGCUCAAACUGCAGCAGAUCCACCGGCUGCAGGUCCAACAAACUGAACAGCAGAAACAGCAGCAGCAUCUCAGACAGCAGCAGCAGAUUCAGAUGCAGCAGCAGAAAACAGCAGAGGCCAAGCCAAACCCUCAAAAACAACCACAACCGCAGAGCCAACAAAAGAUAGCUCAGAUCUUGCUCCAUCAGCAGCAGCAGCUCAUCAUCCAGCAAACCCAACAGAAGCAGCUGCAGGCCCAGAAAAUGGCCCAGCAGAAACUGGCCCAGCAGAAACUCGCUCAGCAGAAGCUGGUGCAGCAGAACCAGCUGAAGCAAAACCCAAACCAGGUCCAGGCUCAGCAGAACCAGCAGAAGAACCAGGUUCAGCUGAAGCAGGUCCAGAACCAGACGGUGGUGUCCCAGAAGCCUGUGAUGAACCAAACCCAGCAGAGGAAGCAGCAGAGGGCACAGCAGAGGCAGCAGAAACUGCAGCAGACAGUCACAACACAACAGGUGACUCCGGUCUUCAUCAGCCAGCAGAACGGCACGCAGCUCCCCACCCAGACCAUUUCAUUAGACCUCCUCAAGGCCAACGGCACGCCGACCCUCGUCACCGAUGGAAACGGCAACCACUACUUGAUUGCGCUGACCAAUCACACCACGGACGGACAGAACGGAGUGUCCUCAUUGGGCAAAACCAACGGGCGCAUCACACUGCAGAGAUUGCAGUCGACUCCGACUAAACUCCCCAGCGAAUCAGCCGGUGACACUAACAGCACUGAGACCCAAUCAAAAGAGCCGAUACAGCCGGAGCCUGAGAGCCAGCCAAUCAAAAAGGGACAGAAGGCGGGGCUACACCUGGACACCAACGGCGCGCCGCAGCCCAGCCUGUCGGUCUCGGCUCCGCCCAACCUGCAGCCUUUCUUCGACGACGCGUCCGAUUCUGAAAGCCAAAGCACCAUAAUCUCAUCUCUGAAGGAGAACGGCCUGAGCAGCCAGCAGAUGGACGACCUGUUCGACAUCCUGCUGAAGAGCGGAGAAAUCUCCGGUUUCAAGGCCAACCCAGACCCCUCCCUGGCCCACCUCCACUCUGACCCGCCCUCCCCGUCCUCUCCCCCGUCCCCGCUCCACCUCUCCCCCCCGACCCCUCCCUCGCCCACCUCCCUCAUCUCCCCGCAGCCGUCGUCAGGUGACCCCUGCUCGGACAUCUCGGACGUCGGACGCCUGGAAGACUUCCUGGAGAGCACGACAGGCGCUCCGCUGCUGGGCGUGGAGGUGGACAGCAGCCUGACGCUGAUCGACGACCUGCACAGCCAGAUGCUGAGCACGCCCAGCAUCCUGGACCACCCCCCCUCCCCUAUGGACACGUCCGACCUGGGCUUCUCCCCCCACCCGGCGGGGCUGGACUUUGGCAACCCCACCCUGGACAGCAUGGACUGGCUGGACAUCUCCAUGGCGGGGGGCGGCGGCGGGGGAGGGAGCGGGGGCGGAGCAGGGCGAGGAGGCGGCGGCGGAGGGCUGGGAACGGGAGACGGGGGCACAAGCCUCGCCCCGCUGGCGCCUCACACCCCGCCCAGCGUCUUCUCGGCCGAUUUUCUGGACAGCUCGGACCUGCAGCUGCACUGGGAGUCGUGCUUGUAGCCACGCAGGCGAACGCGUGCGCGCUCGCACCGUGCACAGGCUCCAUCUUCAUUUCAUGCACACACACACCUUCUCUAUGCUGUCUCUACCACUGCGGGGUCACUGGCACACACAUACACACUCGGUUUGCCCUGACUCUCACCGACAGUUACUGUACGCAGCAUGAGGAAGAAAUGUUGAGGUUAAAUUCGUGGAUUGGGCUUUACUGAACUGAAAUGGACUGUCGGCCAUCUUUGAAUUGUAAUUUAAUGAGGCCCAAUCAGAUCCCUUUCUCCUCCUUAACUCGCAUUAACACAGAAACUGGACUGACAACCAAAACGUCAGAUAAACAAAGGUUGUAUAAACCCACAAAUGGUUUAAUAUAUCAGCGGUGACAAGGGAUAGUCAGUGAAGUUUCCUCAGGCUUCACAGCGCCCCGCUGUGGCGAACAAAACAAAACACAGGUAGCACAGUGUGUGUGUGUGUCAGUGCCUCCAACUUUGCACUUAUGCUGAAUCUGAUUGGUUUAAAUAGGGGCUUUCCAGGUGAAGCUCAGGCCAACAGCCGGAUCCUAACACUGUCUGGACGAGUGGCUUUGUGAGAGCCCUGCUCAUCUCGUGUGUGUGUGUGGAUCGGCUGAGCCGGCGGUGGCGGCGGCGGCUUGGAGCCUGAACGCGACCCGGAGGAGUCGAGCACCGUAGGUUGAAAGUUGCUGUUGCGGUGAACCACAUCAGUGGCAACAGUUUGAUGAAUUGAAGCCUCAUUGGAGGUUGGGUAUUAUUGGAGAUGUUUAUGGUAGACCACUAUGCAUUGCUGUAUAUGGGGUGUAUAUUAUCAAUUGUCCAUAUGAAUAUUUUUCUUUGCUGGUUGCUUAGAGUCGAGCUGGCCGGCUGGGGGACAGAGGGGGAGGGCCGUGCCUCCAGACACCUUGGAUCUUGUCCUUUUUUU